UUUUACACCAUUAUUUAAUAUCGCGCUCUGUCACUUUUACUUUCGAAACAGUUGGCAUUAGUUUACUUUUAUUUUUACACUGUUGAAAUGUUUCCUUUAAAAAAAUACAAAUUUUAGGCAAAUUAAUAUUAUAAUUGUUUUUAUUAAUAUGGCGACGGAAGAUGAGUUCCAGUCCAAUAUUAGUCUUAAUAACAAUAUAGAUUGGAAUGUGCACCAUGAAGUUCAACUUUUACUUGCAUUGAUGGGCCAUAAACCCGUGGGUGUUGCCAAGCAUUUUCACAUGGCUUGCAUACUAGAAAAGUUUUCAUCGGCUGUUAAAAGAGUUGAUAUUUCUUCUCAAGUCAUAUGGGAUCGGCUUGAUACUAUGUACGACAUGCAAGCAUUGGAAGGAACAGAAGCCUUGCCAUUCCCCAAUGAACCUGAAGAUUUUGCUCUGCCAUCAUCUCAAUUUGGCCAAUUGCUUGCUGAGAGAAAAACUGUUAAAAUGCCUCCGCCACGAGCUCCAUCUCCUCCACCAGACACAUCUAAAAGAGAUGAUCCUAAAGAAAUCAAAAAAGAACCUGGAAAGGAAACUACUGUUAAAAAAGAGAUUAAGGAAGCUGCUAAGAAACCAGAGGAGAAAAAAGCUAAUGUCCGUGAUAAUAAAAAAGAAUCUAAAGAAGAAACCAAGAAAGACAAGAGACUUUCAAAAGAUCCUACAGAAAUCAAGAAAGAAAAAGAACUUGUGAAAGGAAAGGAAGGUGCUAAAGAGCUAAGACUACCAAAACGAUCAUCUAUCAUCAGAGAUGAUGAGGAUUCGUCUGUAAGUUCAACUGGUUCUGCCAAAAAGAGUCGAGAUAACUCAGAUACAGAUGAUGCUGUCAGCACUCCAAAACGUGGUCCAAAUAGCAGUGCAAAUAACCAGCCCGCCAAUGGCAAAGGAAAGCGACAGACUCGGCUAUCACAAGCCAAAGUUAGUGACGAUUCGGGGUCUAAUAAAUCGGUCAGUCCAUUAACAGUAUCAUCACCUGCUACCAAACGGCGUAGACAAGUGUAAUUCCUUAAAUUUUAUUUUCAAUUAGAUCUUAUGAUGUACUGGUUAAGGGGAACAUUUUGUUUUGUUUGUACAAUUUGACGCUGGCUUUUUGCCAUUGGUUUGUAAAUUUGUCACUGGGGGGAACAUUCUUUAAUAAAGGAGCCUGUCAGGUUCUUUGGAUCUCAAUUGAAACUUACUUAACUUGCUAUGUGCACUGUGUAGGUUAAAUUUUUGUCAAAUCCCUGAGUUACUAAGUGACUUCUAAAACACCUUUCUGUUGCUUGAGUAAUUAAACUUUUUUCAUGUA